AUGCAUCCAUUCCGGAUCGGCCUCGUGCUGAUCCUUUUCCGUGUCUGCUCUGCUUCCUUCUUGCCGGCAUCCCCGAUCCUCAAACGUCCAGCCCCUCAUCUCCGUCCGUUGCGAGGAGGAUCCGAUAAGAUGGAAUCUGAAGGUGGCGAGCAAGCCAGAAGCAGCUGGGUGCUGACUGUGGACUUCGGGUCCCAGAAGACUAUGGCUUCCCUGGUGAAGGUAGGAGAGGAGGGGUCGACCUCUCCUCCCUUCCUCGUCCACAAUGACCUCUCCCGCUUCGAGACUCCGACCGAGGUCUCGUUCCGAGGAAAGACCUGCGAGACCGGAGAGCUUGCCGCCAUGCAGCCAGCAACCAACGCGCACAAUGUCGUGAAGGAGUUUGUCCCUUACGUCGGGCUGCCUCCAAGAGAGGUGAGGGAGGCGGCUAUUGCUCCAGGCUUCAGGGUAUCCGAUGAUGACGUGCUGCCCGUGACGUGCGCGGCUGUCGAGUUCGAUGGGAGUGACUCGUCGUUUCCCCUCGAGCUGGUACUUGCGAGGCACCUGGAGGGAGUAGUGGGCUGCGCGAAGCACCAGCUCGUGGAGAUGAGGAAAGUACCAUCCAAGGACGCGGCUGACAUCCGACUGGCAGUCAUCCUGCCUGGCUGCUUCACUCCUCGGCAGGCCAGGGCGCUAGAGGACGCGUGUAGGAUCGCAGGGGUGGAGGACGCAUACCUGGUCCCCGCGCAUCAGGCUAUGGCGCAGGGGUACGAGCAGCGGCACAAGCCAGAGAUCGAGCAGAUGAGGAACUCUUCCGUGAAGGAGCAGACGAUCGCUAUAGUGGAUGUUGGGCACAUGAUCUCUUCGUGUGCCAUAGUCCGCUUCACGCCAGGAGAGAGCAAGAUCGUCUCUGCCAAGUCAAUCUUUGGCGUCGGAGGUGCAGCCGUCGACAGCAUCCUGGUCUCGCACUUCAAGGAAGAUAUCGAGAGGAAGUACGGGAGUGGUUGCUGCGAGUCUCCCCGAUCUUUGUUCCGCCUCCGGGCCGCGUGCGAGAAGCUCAAGAAGAUGCUGUCGACGAUCGAUGAGUCAGAGGUUGGUGUCGACGGGCUGCUGCCGGAACGUGACGUGACCAUCAAACUGACCCGGCACCGUCUGAACGAGAUGAUUGCUCCUCUCUGCCAUCAACUCCAAGAGCUUGUCAAGUCGACGUUGCAGACGGAGGACUCGUUUAUCGAAGGCUCUUCCCUGGACGGAGUUGAAAUCAUCGGCGGCGCCUCCCGUAUCCCCUGCCUGGCAGCUGUUGUGCAGAGCGCGUUCGACGGCAAGGAGCUCCGCAAGACCCUCGACUCUAACAGUGCGAGAGAACAGGUCGUGAUGCGAAGAGUUAGAGAGAUCGAGGUUGGAGGCUGGCAGUUGUGUAUUGGGGCAGCAAACCCCGCUGCUCAAUUCUUUGAUCCUGCGGUCAGCCAAGAAAAGAAAGACUGUAACCUUCAAAACGCUCUCAAGAGCUUCGACGAACUACACUAUGCCGGAUUGUUUCUCGCAAGAUCCAUUGACCUGCUUUAUCUGCUGCACCCAACGGCAGUGAAAGGCUUGGAGGAAUCCCAUUUGAAAGGACUGAGAGAGAAGCACAUGGAGAUCUCGGAGAUGCAGGCUCAGUUGAGAAGGUUAGAAGUCGCCAUGAACAACCUCGAGUCGAAGAUGUCAGAGACGAGAGAAGCUCUUCGGGGAAAACAUGCUCACCUUAUGAAGCGUGACGAGACGGAGUCGGCCUUGAAGGAGGUGGAGGAAUGGUUGGAGCAGGUCCCUCAGGAGGGUUAUUCCGUUGAAAUGUUGGAGAAGAAGAAAGAAGAGUUAGAGCUGAAGGUUCGCGAGCUCAACUCGAAGAUGUUCGAGCAGCUCGAGAAGCAGGCGGACGAAAUGAGUCGAUCGAUGGAGCGAAGUGCUCAGGAGCGAAGACAAGAGGAGGCGAAUCAGGAUAAAGACGACCACGACUUCCGAAAGCUUCGUUUCGAUGAGAGAGUCAGGAUGGCAGAGAACAACAAGAAGGAAGCCAACGAGCUCUUUCGUGACGGCAAUGUCAUGCAUGCAAUCGACCGUUACAACAAGGCGAUCGGGCACUGCAUGAAGAUCGUAGAGACUCUCAGGCCGGAGCAGGAGAAGCAGCUGAACGAGCUGAAGGGGGUCAUCGUCCUCAACCUCGCACAAGCCUUCUUCAAACUCAACAAGGCUCGUACCUCCUUGUCUACCUCCUCCUCCAACUUCACCAACACAACCACAACCACCUGCUCCUGCACCUACUCCUGCUCUUCCGUUUCAUCCUGUACUUCUUGCUCCCCAUUUCAGAAAUGCAUCGACAACUGCAACGACUGCCUUCGCUACUCUCCCUCGCUCAGCAAAGCCAAGUUUCGAAGGGCCCUGGCGUACGAGCAGAUGAACCUCCUUGACGAGGCAGAGAAAGAUGCCAAAGUCCUGCUGGAGGAGGAGCCGGAAAAUCCCAACUACACUGCGCUGUCAAAGAGGCUGGGGUUAAAGCUGCAGAAGAGACUGGACAAGGAGAAGAACAUCUGCAAGAAGAUGUUCGGAUGA